CACGGCUGAGACUCACAGGUUUCCCAAAAACAAAUAUGGGACCAAAUUUUAAUUUGACAAAAAAGAGACUAUUUUUUAGUUAACGGACUGAUCUGCCCUUAAUGUUAAAUAGAUAAAAUAAGUCUUUAGCUCCUUCUCAGGCCUUCUCUCCUCGCAACUCACGACCUCCAUUGCACAUUCAGUUGCUGGCUCGCACCAGCAUAUUCAUGGCGGCAUAUCUCUAUCGAUGCCCUUUCGACCACCAUCAAGGCUUCUCCUCGCUAAACCAAUAUAAUUUCACUUCCGCGGCGGCAGUCAUCUUCGGCGGUGCAGAUCUAUUUUUCGGCGGCAUCCCUUCGAUCUUUACGAUGGUGAUGAGAUCCAGCAGCGACAAGGGUUUCGAACCAACACGGUGGCUAUAGUUAAUGGGCGGAGACAACCACUGGGAUUUCAAGGUGAGCCACGCCGGCAUCAACAAAUUGCAGUGGUUAGGUGCUCUGGAUCUGGGAAUGUGGUGGCGACUGCUUGGUGAGGGGCCUAUGGUUAUACAAAGGCUUGUGAAGGGGUUGGGGCUGGGGUGGGGUUUGAUUUGGGGGGCUGUGGAGGCUAUGGGCUGGGGAUGGUGGGGGUCCUUAGGCUGGGAGUGGCUUGCUGGCGGAGAGGGGCAGGGGCAGUGGCGGCUGGUCACUGGAAGCCACCACCGGUUCACCGACAGGUCACUGGCGGUGGUGGACGGCGGCCGGCAGUGUGGUCUAGCUGUGGUGGCUGCUAGAGGAGGUUAUCGAUGGUCACUAUUUGACCCGAUAUGUGUAACUGAUACGCGGGGGUAAUUAGUAGUGCCAUUAGCUAUAAUUGGUGGCGGAUAAUCAUAAGUGGCUGGGCGGGUAAUUCUAACUGGCGCCAUGUAACCGUAACUGACGGCAUGUAACUGUAACUGGUUGGGCGGAUAUCUGUAACUGGUUGGGCAGAUAAACGUAACUAGUUGGUCAAGUAACUGUAACUGGUGUCGGGUCAGGUAACUGUAACUGGUUGGGCGGAUAUCUGUAACUGGUUGGGCAGAUAAACGUAACUAGUUGGUCGAGUAACUGUAACUGAUGUCGGGUCAGGUAACUGUAACUGGUUGAUUCGGGUAACUGUAACUGGUCGGAUUGGGUAACUACAAUUAGUCAGUUGAUAAUUCUAACUGGUUUGAUCAGAUAAUUGUAAUUGGUAUGAUUGGGUAAUUGUAAUUGACGGCGGGUAACUGUAAUUGGUGGGACGGACAAUUGUAAUUGAUGACAGGUAAAUAUAAC